CCGCGCACCGAGCGCCGCGUGCGGGCCGCCGUCGGCCCCGCGGCCCCACGCCCCGCCGCCCCGGGGCCCCGCUCUGCAGCGCAGCGCAUGGAGCCCAGCGGGGACCACCGGAGCCGGAGCGGCGGCGGCAGGGGCGGCCCCGGGCCAGCAGCGGCCUCGGCACGGGGCCGACGGCUGCCGCCCUCUGGAUCAAGCGGCGGCGCGGAGCAGGAGGACGACGGCGGGCAAGAGCUUCAGCUGGAAGGGGGUGCCUUGGGGUCCUGGGGGAGUGCCCCCCUGCCCUCUUCCAGGGCCAGGGGACCCGCAUCUUCAGGCAGGAAAUACUCAGACCACUGUGAGGCCCGGGCCUCAAGGCCUGGAAAGAGCCGCAUCCCCGGCCGUGACCACCGGCGCUACUACCACGACCACUGGAGGCUGGAGUACCUGAUGGACUUCAACCCUGCCCGGCACGGCAUGGUGUGCAUGGUGUGUGGCAGCUCCCUGGCCACUCUCAAGCUCAGCACCAUCAAGCGGCACAUCCGCCAAAAGCAUCCGUACUCCCUGCAUUGGAGUCCCCGGGAGAAGGAAGUCAUCAGCAACAGCUGGGAUGCCCACUUGGGGCUGGGGGCCUGUGGCGAGGCCGAGGGCCUGGGGGCCCAGGGGCCUGAGGAGGAGGAGGAGGAAGAAGAGGAGGAGGAGGAGGAAGGGGCUGGCCUCCCGGCUUGCCCGCCCAAGGGCCCAGGCAAAGCCCCAGCUGGUGGGGGUGACCGGCGCCAGCGGCGAGGGGGCCCAGUGGCACCCCGGGCUCGGCGUCGGCGCUUGUCGGCCUCCCGGAGGGCUGGGGGCAGCAGGGGGCUGGGUCCCCGGCGUCUGGAGCGGAGGCUGAAGGAGUCCCUGCAGAACUGGUUCCGGGCAGAGUGUCUCAUGGACUAUGACCCGCGGGGGAACCGGCUGGUGUGCAUGGCCUGUGGCCGGGCACUGCCCAGCUUGCACCUGGACGACAUCCGUUCCCAUGUGCUGGAGGUGCACCCCAGCUCCCUGGGGCUCAGUGGCCCCCAGCGCAGCGCCCUGUUGCAGGCCUGGCGUGGCCAGCCUGAGGCACUAUCUGAGCUCACCCAGUCCCCUGCAGACGACGACCUCGUCCCCCAGGACCUGACCAGAAAGAGCCGGGACUCGGCCUCCGCUGCUGGAGCCCCUUCCUCUCAGGAUCUCAGCCCUCCAGACGUAAAGGAAGAGGCUGGCUGGGUCCCUGAGAGGCCCGGGCUGGCAGAGGAGGAGGAGCUGGAGGAGGGCGAGAGGGUGGGGGUCCAGGACCGGGCUCCGCGGGGCCGCGACCAGCGCCGUCACUACCGGGAGCGCUGGCGGCUGGAGUACCUCAUGGAGUUGGACGGCGGCCGGCGCGGCCUGGUGUGCAUGGUGUGCGGGGGCGCGCUGGCCUCGCUCAAGAUGAGCACCAUCAAGCGGCACAUCCGCCAGCGCCACCCGGGCUCCACGCGCCUCAGCGGGCCGGUCAAGGCCCUCAUCGCCCAGGAGUGGAGCGACAAGGCCGCCCACCUGCUGGCCCUGGGGCUGCCGUGCCCCGAGUCCCCCAGGGACCCUGCCGCCCCCAGCACAGCCGCAGCCUCCGAGGAGGGGGGAGGGGAAGAGGAGGAGGAGCCGGAGGAGGAGGAGGAGGAGGAGUGGUGGGGCGACGUCCCGCUUUCCCCUGGGGAACCGUCAGAGCGGCCCGCUGAGGAGGAGGACGACGACGAGGACGGCCCAGAGCCCGCGGGCCUGGCCUUUCCGCCCCUGCCCCCGCCCCCGCCUCCGCCGCCCCCGCCGCCCCCCCGCAGCCGAGAACAGAGGCGGAACUACCAGCCGCGCUGGCGGGGCGAGUACCUGAUGGACUACGACGGCAGCCGGCGCGGCCUGGUGUGCAUGGUGUGCGGGGGCGCGCUGGCCACGCUCAAGGUCAGCACCAUCAAACGGCACAUCCUGCAGGUGCACCCCUUCUCCAUGGACUUCACGCCUGAGGAACGCCAGACCAUCCUGGAGGCCUACGAGGAGGCGGCGCUGCGUUGCUACGGCCAUGAGGGCUUCGGGCCACCGGCCCCGGCGCCGCGCGACGGCGGCGCGGACCUCAAGGCGGGCGCCGUGUGUCGGGCGUAGGGAACUCGCCCUCGAGGGGCCGUGCCCCGCCCUCGGGCUGGGAGCUCCAGCUUCCUGCGGCCCCGACCGCUGCCAUUGCCCCCCGCUGGCCGGGCCGGGCGGAGAUUGGGGAUUGGGCGGGGUCGCCGGCUUCCGCUUGGUCCCAGAGAGCUCCCUAAACAAGUCAGGGCGCCGCGGGAAGCGCGCGCUCCCCUCGGACCCGGGGCCCAGGCCCUCCAGGCUCAGGGCCUCACGUUCCUGAGAAGCCACAGCGUUUGCACGGAAAGCUUCCGGCCUCUGCCCGCACCCCUCGAGGUGAUGUCGUGCCAGGCCGGGACAGGGGCGCCGACAGUCAGUAUUAAGACCCCCCAGUAGGGUGGGGUGGGAAGACAGGAAGGACGCGCCAGCGCCCCGCCCCGGGGGCCCAGCUCUCGGAGCUGCACGCCGGCAGGGACGGCUCCGGUAGGGACGGCUCCCGGGCCUGGGCGCCUGCCGCCCAGUCCUUAUUGGCGUUUUCGCCCUCCCCGGGCCUGGACUGCAGAGGAGGGCCUUCCUCGCGAGGCGGGGCUACCGGGCUGGGGAACCGGCCCGCCCGCGGGUGGGGGGCGGGGCGCCUGCCUCCGGGCGGGCCCUGCGGGGACGGCCGCCCUCGCCUUCCCGCCCCCGCCGCGACGCCCGCCCGGACCCAGAUCUUGUAAAGGGAUUAGCACUUUUUUCCUUUGCUCCUCUCCUGUUCCGAAUGCUCCCGUUUACCCCUAAACUCAGUUUGGCGCUCCUGCUUCAGCGCCCCCGUCAGUUCGAGCCCGGGGCACUGGAGGUCCCGGCAGUCGGUGUUAAGUUCCCGUUCCCUCCCUGUCCCUUUUUGUACUCGGUGGACGCGCCACCCGUUCUCAGCCCCCAGGGCCUGGGGCCGGGCCUCAGCCUUUCUCCUCCACGCGCGGCAGCGCCAGGCCCUGAGGGGCCGGGAAUGGGCCCCGCGAUCUCCCAGGCAGGUCCGAGAGGGAUGUGUAGAUUCAUUCUCCUGUGGAGAACAGGUGGCCCCGAGAUCAGGCCCUUUUUGCUCUUUGUAUUUUAUUUUGAAACUGUAUUUAAUGCUUUUAUAUGAAAGGGGGAGGGGCGGGGAGAGCUGUCCGUCACCCUUAUGUGCAAAUGUCUUAUUUAUUAAGCGUGUAUCAGAGAUAAGCUGUGAGGUGGUGGAGGAAGGACCUAAAGGUAGGAGGAGCAAGGAUGGAGGCGCGGUCGGAAGAACCCCAAACAUGACAGACUUACGUGUGCCUCUCCAGGCUCCUCCUGGGAGUCUCUGGGCCCCAAUUUCUGCUCUUCACAGAGCCAGGCCAGUUCCUUUGGUCUUAAAGCCUGAGAGUGGGGCGGGGGCGGGGGGCAGUCAGCGAGUUGGGACUUCAGGGCUGGGUCUGGAGGGGAAGAGGCCCUGGCACUUGGGGCCAGGAGCUGCCCCUGUGGGUGGGAAAGCAGAGCAAAGAGAAGGCUUCCUCUCCUCCCAGCGCCCCCAGGUCGGAGCCCAAGGUUCAAGUGCCUCAGGCCCAGGUCCCUUGACUCUUCCUGAUUGGGAAUUGAAUUUUAUACCACGAAUUUUAUAGGAUUUUUAUAUAAUUCAAGGUUGUCAGAGUUGGAAAGACCUUGGAGAUCAACUCGUACCCACCCCCACCCCUUUCAGAUAGGUAAAAUGAAGCCUAGAAACUGAGAUUACCACAUACCAGGUAGGGACAGUACCAGGGCUAGACUAAAAACCUCAACUCGCAAUUCAGUGUUCUUUGCACUAUACCACAUGGCCUCCCGAUCUCUGGUAAGUUAAAAGUUUCUUUUACCGUUAGGCCUGCCAAAGGCUGGCGUGUGCUGGGUGCCACAGGCCAUCACAGUGCACUUGUGGCCUCUUGGGGAUGGCGAAGAACAGCACACUUCCCUGGAAUGAGCUUUCUGCAGGGCAGCUCUUGCCACCAUAGGCUUCAGCCCGAAGCCGCUGGCAGCAGCCUUCUCCAUCAGAACUCCAGAAGUAGGGCUGACCGCCACCUCGCCCAAGGCUUUGCUACUGGGCAAAGGCUCUAGCAUUGCGUUUUGAUGCCACUAGGGAUUCAGGAAACACUGCAUGGGCUGUCAGUUGACUGAAAAGUGAAUUCCCAGAGUGUUUAAACCUCCAGGUUUUGAAACAGUAUUAAAAGCUUGAGAACAGGGAUUAUGGGUGGCACUGCCAUUUUUAUUUUCCUUCAUGCAUGUUGUUUUCAGAUCCAGACGGCGUGUUCUGCCACUUUUGCUACUCUGCCUAUUCAAAAACAGUAGGCACACUGGGGCAAUUAUCAUAGUCAUCCAAGCCCUCUGCCGAACUUCAGGUAAGCCCGGGCAGAGAGCAGGGUGGGACUGGUUUUUCCUCUCAAUAGGCAGGAAGAGGCCUUAGGAUGCCCUCAUUGAGAGGCAGCCCCAAGCACUUCACUGGUUCUCAAAGGCGUGGCCACCAGAACAGCUUCACCCCAUUAGGAGCUUACUAGAAAUGUGAAUUCUUGAGUCCCAGCUUAUGGAUCAGAAACUGGGGUGGGUGGGGCCUAACAAUGAUUCGAUAAGCCCUCCAAUGAUCGUGAGGCUUACCGAAGUUCUGAGCACCAGUGAUCUAGAAAGUUCCACUGUAGUGAGUACUGCUUUGCAGCUAUAGCCUCACAAGUUAAGGGUCAGGAGAUGAGGUGGUCUCAGCUCUCGGUGCCUCCUCCUUGCCUUGGGAGUCUGACAUGAACAGGUGAAGUUUCUUCAUGAACUUUUUUGUUGAUGGUAUGCUUGCUAUUAUGGCCAAUAUGUAAAUGUUACUCUGAAUACAUAUUUAUAUACCAUGUUAGUGACAUUAUUUGAACAUUUGUAUGCGUAUUUGUGAAGUUGUUUGCAUCAGUUAUUUUAAAAAAAUUUCAGCCUAAGUUUUCUAAGAGGUAUGUUGAAUAAAUUUUUUAAAUCCAGUUUAAGGGUCAUGGCAGCCUUAGUUCUGGGAAAGACCAAAUCCAAGGUGACAAGUUCUUUCAGCAAAGACCUGAUGCAUUUGGUUUCCAUUUCCCAUCUUAAGUACAUUGUGACUGUGUGAUUUAUAGGCUGCUUCGUGUUGCAGGUGGGGGAACCCUCCUAGGUUGGUGUGAACUGGGACAACAGACCUCUCUGGCCUCUUCCACGUCUCAUCUUUCUCCUAAGGUCACUUACUUUCUUUCAGAAACCAAAUGCUUUGCUCUACUAUGGAAAUUCUGCAAUCUUGGAAAUCAUUACCAGUAUCACUACUUUUUAAAGUUUCAGAAGUGGAGUGGGGAUGGGGGCCAGUGGAAGCCUUGUUUGGUUCUUACUUUACCCAAACUGUGUAUAAAGAAUAAAGUUAGCAGAUGACACCACAGUCAUUUUGUUCUUUUUAUUGAUACCACAUCAAUUUGCAGUUUUACAGGAACCAAGAGUCAAGCUCCUUAGGUGCUACUGUACUGUCAUGUUGCACGCACAUACACGCACAUAGUUUCAUUAGUAAUUUUUCAUCUAUAGAUUUUUCUUAAAAAAAAAAAUUCCUGUGUGGCACAGAGAUCUGUCCAAUUAUCUAAACACAGCAGUAACAAAACAAAGAGCUAGGUGUGGAGGCUUCCAGUGCAGAAAAAGGUCCUUUGGAGGGGGAAGCCCAAAAAGAUCAUCAGUGCACUGACUUCCUGGGAGGGCAAAGGGUGGGGAUGGAGAAGGGAUUUUCUACUAUGACAUGAAAUCAGUUAAAACAUUUUGAAAGCAAAAGGGGCUAAGAAAAUAAGAGUGGAGUAAGGCAAGGGUACCUUUUACCCAUCUAAAUUCCUAAGAAAUUUCCUCAAGAGAGUAGAAAGAAAACUUUCCUCCACUAACUUCUAAGGACUUGCACUGCUUUGGGACUGUCAAAGAUUGUAGCCCUUACUUUAAAUUCGCCAGUUCACAUUCCCUCUGGAUUAACAUGAAGAAACUCGGAGAUGACUUUUCUUUCAAGUUUACUGAAUUUUCAUGGUGGAGGGGGAGGAAGACACUUAAGAAGUCUCAACUGGGAAUCACGUUCCCAAACACCUACCAUUUGAUGUCAACGUGAACUGUUGUCUUUAAACUGUGCAUGAAACUCAUCAAUAGAACAUGGCCCUGCCCGGUCACCCAUACCUAAAGCUCCUUGCAAAACACUCAAAAGGAGCACCCCGCACCACAGGAGAGGUGCUAAGACAUCUUAUGUGCCUGAAGGUGAAAGGUGCCCUCAAUGCGACACACUCACAAUAAGCUAGCCUCGGAGUUAGAGUUUCCUAUGAACCACGAAAUGUGCUUCUCUACCCUAAUCUGUGGUCUCUUAACCACAGACACCAACAAUCUCCUCUCAAGCCAGUCGGGCUUUGGUCCUUAGGUAAAACGAUGAGCACAGGUUAAAGAUACAGCAUGUGAAGGAGGAAUUUGCAGGGAAAAAAGAAAAGAGAAGAAGGCCUUUGUGUUUCUGUAGUUCACCUCUUGAGAAUGUUCCCCCCAACAUGGACUGAGACUUACAAGGAUUACAAUAACUCAGUAACUGAGGAGCCCACAUGCAGAUUAAUUUUUUUCUCUAACAAGUUUACAGCAGUGUACAGCAGUUACAGACAUUUAUUUUAUAAUAAGAAAAGUACAACCAUAUUUAUUCAACUUGAGGGUAGGAAAGAGGGAGGAAAGCACAUUCAGGAAUAAGCUCUCAAACUAAAGCUCAGAACUGGUGUCCAAAAGAAAUGACAGACGCCACGCCCCACUGGCGGAGCCUUGCCUUUCCUAAGGCUGAGUGGGAGGCACAGCAGCGCUCCUGUGCACUCCUCCCUCCCGCUUUCCGUCUCUGUUCUCGGUUAUCAGAUGGCAUUCUGGCAAUCGGGAAUUAUCACUAUCACCUCUAAGUUAUUCAUAGAGUUGAAAGUUAUCUCACCAAAUGAAGAAUAUUAGGAGUAGCUGCUCACAUUGUGGGGCAGAAAGAUGGGAUCAGAGGACUGCAAAAAAAAAAAAGAAAGAAAAAAAAACAAGAAAAAAGAAAAAGGAAGAAAAAAAAAAAAACAACACUGAAACAAAACCCCCCGAAACACAAAAAACCAAGGGAAGGAAUCCCACUUUUGUCCCAGA